AGUUCAUUUCUUUGAUUACACUUUCAUAAAAUAUGUCUGAAAUUGAUGCAGCCGAGGAACCACCAGGUAAAGCAAGAAGUAAAAGAAUUUUUAUUAAUCAUGUUGACUCCUAUUCUGGACACAACAUAGGCAAGUAUCUUUCACAAUGCAUUGUCGGAGCAUCACUAGAGGACAUGGAGGAAGAGGAAGAUGGAGAUGCAGGAUCUGUUCAUUCUGCAGGAGAUGAAGCUUCACAUAAGGAGGGAUCUUAUCGAAUAAUUGGAACUCUCAAAGAUCAAAAUGCAAAAGCUCCUGAUUUUGUUACUCAAGUUGUCAAUUUUAACACAAGAGAAGAACUUCUUGAACAUUUGUUAGAAUGUGACAUCAUUAUUUACAAUACCAAUGAAGAUUUUGAUGUUAUUGAUGAAGCUGUUUGGUCAGUUUCAUCUCUACAUACAGAGAUUGAACAUUUUGAUGGACCAAAAACCUUCAUCCUACUUUCUACUGUGAUGACUUGGGCAAAGAGCAAGCCUUUGGAUCCUGAUGAUCCUGAGAUUCCAUUCACUGAAGAUGAUUACAGAAGAAGAAAGGCUCAUCCUAAUUUCAAGGAACAUAUCAGCGCUGAAAAGAUGGUCAUCAAAUUUGGAAAGACGAACAAACAAAAAUUUACAACAUAUGUAAUUGCAGCUGGCUUGACUUAUGGAAUGGGAGAAAAUGUCUUUCAUUUUCUAUUCAAGACCGCAUGGUUAGGUGAAGCUCCAGCCCUUCAAUGUUUUGGUACGGGAACUAAUAUUGUACCAACAAUACAUAUUAGAGAUCUGGCUUGUGUCAUUCAGAAUGUAUGUGAUGGUCAUCCAAAAACUCGGUACCUUGUUGCAGUGGACGAUUCACAAAAUUCACUUGAAGAAAUUGUUCGGGUUGUCAGUACAAAAGUUGGUCCGGGAAAGGUUGAUCAUAUUUCCAAAGAAGAUGCAUUGCUGAUUAAAGAUCUUAAGCAAAGUGAAUUCGACUCACUUCUUGUUAACCUACGCAUGGAGGCAAUGUUUGUCAAAGAAUCCAUGAGUGUUAGAUGGGUUGCUGAGACUGGUUUGGUCGAUUCAAUCGAAAAGAUUAUCAAGGAAUAUAAAAACACAAGAGGAUUACAGCCCAUGCGUGCGUGUGUACUUGGUCCACCUGCAUCUGGUAAAACAACAUUGGUUGCCAAGAUCUGUGAACAUUAUAAACUUCAUCAUAUUAAAAUCAAGGAUGUCAUUGAUGAAGCAAUACAAAAACUAGAAGCCAGUGCUGCUAGACUGGAACAGGGAAGCGCUGAAGGUGAAGGGGAAGAAGAAGAUGAAGGAAAAGCACAAGAAGAUGCUGAAUUACUGGAAGCAGUGAAAGACAGCAGAGAAAACAAUAAUGGAAGAUUGGAAGAUCAAUACGUGAUUCGAUUCUAUCGUGAAAAACUUCAUUCCAUGCCUUGUCAAAAUCAAGGAUUUGUUCUUGAUGGGUUUCCUAAGACUUACAACCAAGCCAAAGAUCUCUUUGCAGUUGAAGACGAAGAUGAAGGUGACGAUGGAAAACGUUUAUCAUAUGAUGCAUCGAUCAUGCCUGAAGUUGUUAUUUCUCUUGAUUCUCCUGACGACGAAUUCUUGAAAAACAGAAUAAUGAAUUUACCUGAAGAACUGGUACAGGGGACACACAACACUGAAGAAGGUUUCCUUCGAAGACUCCAUGAUUUCAGACAAAUGAAUCGAGAAGAUGACACCGUACUCAAUUAUUUUGAUGAGCUUGAGAUUCAUCCCGAACAUAUAAAUGUCUCCCAGUUUGAUGACAUCAAUUACAAGGCGAUAAUGAAUAAAGUAAAAGGAUGGUUGAAAGAUCCAAGAAACUACGGACCUACUCCUGAAGAGAAAGAAGCAAUGGAACGUGCUGCAGCAGAAGAAAGAUUACAACAGGAAUCUGAAGAAAGAGAGGAAAGGGAAAGGAGGGAAGCAGAAGAAGCUGAAUUGAUGAAACAGAGAAGAGAGGAAUGGAUGAAUCGACUUGAAGAAGUUAGAAAACAGGAAUUAGAUGUUCUCGAAGAACAAUCAAUUCCACUGAGAAAUUAUUUGAUGAAACACGUCAUGCCUACACUCACAUCUGGAUUGAUUGAAUGUUGUCAAAUUCGACCUGGAGACCCAGUGGAUUACUUGGCAGAAUAUUUGUUCAAGAACAAUCCUCAGGUUGAUUAAAAAGCAAAAAAAAAUUCCAGAAUUUGAUAUAUUUAAUUUUGUAUAUAAAAAUUAUAUUUAAACUAGUAUUUGAAGUGGCAUUAACAGUUUGAAUAAAAGUUGUUUUGUAUAAA